AUGAACCCUUCUUCAAUAUCCCAUUUUGUUCUUCUUGUCAUUAGCUUAUUGCCAAACCAAAUUUUAUGCCGGGAUCAAUCACUUGAAGGCAUUGAUUUGAUCACCAAAACAUGCGAACAUACAAGGUUCAGGACUCUCUGCAUAGCGGCUCUAACAUCAGAUACAGAGAGCAAAUCAACUAAUCUCCAUGGUCUUGCAGAAAUUUCUCUGAAGAUCGCCUUGUCGAAUGCUAGUGAAACACACGAUUACAUCUCAGAAUUGGCGGGGAAAACAAAGGACAAAUACAUGCAACAAUGUCUAGAAGAUUGCUCGGAGAACUACAGGCAAGCAGCUCUGCAAAUUGAAGACUCCAUGAAGGCUUUAAGUUCUAAAGGUUAUGAAAAUGUCAAGACUUGGGUUAGUGGCGCCAUGAGCAAUGCAGAGUCCUGUCAAGAGGGUUUCCAUGGAAAAAGAGGCUACAAAUGCCCAUUCAGUAUGAUGAACAAGUUCUUCAGCCAGCUCUGUAGCAUCUCUUUAUCCAUCACAAAUCUAUUCGAUUAA